UCAAAGGUGGUCCUCAUGGAGGAUGCAGCCAGCAAGGAGAGGAAGCUUGAGGAGAUGAAGAGAGAUCAAGUGAUCUCUGGAGCUCUUAAUUCAGUUGCCCUAGUCAAAGCAGAGGUUGAUAAGCUCUCACAAAAGGCGUCUUCUUUGGAGGCAAUCAUGCAUGGUGGGACCAAGGUUGCUGAAAAGGAGUUUGUGGUGUUGACUGAAUUAUUCAUGGUGCAAUUGUUGAAUUUGGAUAGCAUUGAUGCUGAAGGAGAAGCAAAAGUACAGAGACGGAGUGAGGUAUUGAGUCAGAGCUCAGCAAGGGGCUUAUCAUUCCCUAAUCGGUUUAAAGAUUUAUUCGAAGUCGUUGAUCGAAGAGCAAAGCUAAUUGCGAGUGAGUCGUCAGAUGAGCAGUCCAUACAGCCACCAGCUUCCAAUGGUAAAGAAACUCAAGCCAAGAGGGAGAAAUCAAAGGAGAAGGGUCAGUUGACACUCUCCACUGUUGAACCUCCUAAUCCUACAAGUGAUCCUGAACAUGAACAAAGAGCAGACUAGCAUACAAGCAUCUGCAUUAAGUGUGACAUCUGAUAAAGAUGAAGAUGCCCCAUCUGAAAAUGCUGCUACCGUGUCCAGUAAUUUUACUGACCAGAAAAGUACAGAUGUUUUUGGGGAGUUGUGGAAAUUGAAACCAUUGCAAAGAGAAGGAAGUGCCAUUAUCAGUCAUCAAAUUGGACGCCACUCGUGCAGGAUUUUAAUCAAUUGUGCCUAAAUUUAGGCCUACAAGCACUUUAGCCUUUUGACACCACUCUUGCUAGGAGUAGACCAUAUAGAAGA